AUGAAGCCCGUUGUGGGAGCCAUGCAGGCUUGGAGCUGCACCGUCAUCUCCGCCUUCGCCAUAAUCAUCCUCGGCACCCUGGGUCUCCUCUUCAACAAGAACCACCCAGAGCUCGUGGGCGGCGUGGAAGAUCCGGAGGACGGCAAGACGGUGGCGGCGACGGCUGGAACUGCUAUUAUCAUUUAUGCGGAGGGGGGCUAUUGCGCUAUGAGCGAGGUGCUUCGACACGACGACAACUACGAUGGCGGCGGCGAAGACGACGAAUAG